AUGCAAUUCAUCACUGUCAUCGUCACCCUCUUCGCUGCUGUCUCAGCUAUUCCCACUGGAACUGAAGCUUCACUUAACGAAGCUCGUGCUCUUGGCAACGAGGUCGCUGAGCGAUCGAUAGCGUCUACCGUUUGUAACGGCGCUUGCGAUGUUACCUGCAACUCUACUGUUCUUGCUUUGGCUCAAACCGAGUGUCUCAAAAUUUGCAAAGCAAAGUGCUAG